UCGCAACAAUGGUUAUUUUCUACUAAUCAUAAAGAUAUUGGUACUUUAUAUUUUAUCUUCGGAGCAUGAUCUGGUAUAGUAGGAACAUCAUUAAGAAUUUUAAUUCGAGCUGAAUUAGGACACCCUGGUGCUCUAAUUGGAGACGAUCAAAUUUAUAAUGUUAUUGUAACAGCUCAUGCUUUUAUUAUAAUUUUCUUUAUAGUAAUACCUAUUAUAAUUGGAGGGUUUGGAAAUUGAUUAGUUCCUUUAAUAUUAGGAGCUCCAGAUAUAGCAUUCCCUCGAAUGAAUAAUAUAAGUUUUUGAUUAUUACCUCCUGCAUUAACUCUAUUAUUAGUAAGAAGUAUAGUAGAAAAGGGAGCUGGAACAGGUUGAACUGUUUAUCCACCUUUAUCAUCAAUUAUUGCUCAUGGUGGAGCUUCAGUUGAUUUAGCUAUUUUCUCUCUUCACUUAGCAGGAAUUUCUUCAAUUUUAGGAGCAGUAAAUUUUAUUACAACUGUUAUUAACAUACGAUCAACAGGAAUUACAUUCGAUCGAAUGCCUUUAUUUGUUUGAUCAGUUGUAAUUACUGCAUUAUUAUUAUUAUUAUCUCUUCCUGUUCUUGCUGGAGCUAUCACUAUACUAUUAACUGAUCGAAAUUUAAAUACUUCAUUCUUUGAUCCAGCUGGAGGAGGUGAUCCAAUUCUUUAUCAACACUUAUUCUGAUUCUUUGGACAUCCAGAAGUUUAUAUUUUAAUUUUACCUGGAUUUGGAAUAAUUUCUCAUAUUAUUAGUCAAGAAUCAGGAAAGAAGGAAACAUUCGGUUCCUUAGGAAUAAUUUAUGCUAUGUUAGCAAUUGGACUUUUAGGAUUUAUUGUAUGAGCUCAUCACAUAUUUACUGUUGGAAUAGACGUUGAUACUCGAGCUUACUUCACUUCAGCUACAAUAAUUAUUGCUGUACCUACUGGAAUUAAGAUUUUUAGUUGAUUAGCUACAUUAUACGGAACUCAACUAACUUAUUCUCCAGCUAUUUUAUGAGCUUUAGGAUUCGUAUUCUUAUUUACUGUAGGAGGUUUAACAGGAGUAGUACUAGCUAACUCAUCUGUUGAUAUUAUUUUACAUGAUACAUAUUAUGUAGUUGCUCAUUUCCACUAUGUACUUUCUAUAGGAGCUGUAUUUGCUAUUAUAGCAGGAUUUGUACAUUGAUACCCUCUAUUUACUGGAUUAACUCUAAAUAAUAAACUUUUAAAAAGUCAAUUUGUUAUUAUAUUUAUUGGAGUAAAUUUAACAUUCUUUCCUCAACAUUUCUUAGGAUUAGCCGGAAUACCUCGACGAUAUUCUGAUUAUCCUGAUGCUUAUACAGCAUGAAAUGUAAUUUCAACAAUCGGUUCAACAAUUUCAUUAUUAGGAAUUUUAUAUUUAUUCUAUAUUAUCUGAGAAAGUUUAGUAUCUCAACGACAAGUAAUUUUCCCAAUUCAAUUAAAUUCAUCAAUUGAAUGGUUACAAAAUACUCCACCUGCUGAACACAGAUAUAAUGAAUUGCCUUUACUAACUAAUU